CGCGCCCCGCCCCUCGCCGCCGCCGCGCCGCCGCUCCCGGGGAGCUCGCGCUCGAGCUGCGGCGCCGCUGCCGCCGCCUGGGCCCCGGGCCCGGCCCCUCCCGCGCCGCCCGGGCGAUGAGAAGCUGCUUCUGCGUGAGACGGAGCCGGGACCCGCCGCCGCCGCCGCCGCCCCAGCGGGGAACAGAACAAUCCACCAUGCCUGAAGUUAAAGACCUUUCGGAAGCCUUGCCAGAGAUGUCGAUGGACCCCAUCACGGGAGUCGGGGUGGUGGCUUCCCGGAACCGGGCCCCAACGGGCUAUGAUGUAGUUGCGCAGACAGCAGAUGGUGUGGACGCUGACCUCUGGAAAGACGGCUUGUUCAAGUCCAAGGUUACCAGAUACCUGUGUUUCACCAGAUCAUUCUCCAAAGAAAAUAGUCAUUUGGGGAAUGUGUUAGUGGACAUGAAGCUCAUUGACAUCAAGGACACGCUGCCCGUGGGCUUCAUCCCCAUCCAAGAGACGGUGGACACACAGGAGGUGGCUUUUAGGAAGAAGAGGCUUUGCAUUAAGUUCAUCCCCCGGGAUUCAACCGAAGCCGCCAUCUGCGACAUUCGGAUCAUGGGCCGGACCAAGCAGGCACCUCCUCAGUACACAUUCAUUGGGGAACUGAACAGCAUGGGGAUCUGGUAUCGAAUGGGCCGAGUGCCAAGAAACCACGACUCAUCUCAACCCACGACGCCGUCACAGUCAUCAGCUGCUUCCACCCCAGCCCCCAACCUUCCCAGGCACAUCUCUCUGACACUCCCUGCCACCUUCCGAGGCAGGAACAGCACCCGGACGGACUAUGAGUACCAGCACUCCAAUUUGUAUGCCAUAUCAGCGAUGGAUGGCGUGCCUUUUAUGAUUUCAGAGAAGUUUUCGUGUGUUCCAGAAAGUAUGCAGCCCUUUGAUCUCUUGGGGAUCACUAUCAAAUCUCUAGCAGAAAUUGAGAAGGAGUACGAGUACAGCUUCCGCACGGAGCAGAGCGCCGCCGCCAGGCUCCCACCCAGUCCCACCCGGUGCCAGCAGAUCCCACAGUCCUGAGGCGCCUCCUCGGGGAGAAGACGCGCCCACCCGGUGCCCACACUACUGACCCAGCGGCUGGGGCUGCGGGCUACUUCCCCUUGCCCGCCCUACUGCCUCCCUUCCCGCCAGCCCCUCCCACACCGAGUGAUCGGACCCUGGGCAGCUGAGUGGUCACACGGUCAGCAGCUUGCCCGACAAGGCUCCCCAGCUCUCCUGGGGGCGCCAUUCAUAAUCGCAACUAAUCUAUGUGUGCCGUAGUGACCCACAGCUCCUAGCGUGUCUGUGUGAUGAGUUGUACUGCAAAACACCUCACCCACCCAUUGCCCCCAAGGCUCCCAGUGACCCCUCUGGCUCCUUUCCUCCAAGGGAAUCCCACGAAGCCAUUGUUUACCUCCCGGAAGACCCUCAGCUUGGCUGCCCCCGUGAGACCCCCUUGGAUCCAAGGUUGCCAGGGAGCAAGUCCCUCUCACCAACAGGGUCAAGUGGCCCAAGCAUCUCCCUGCAGCCCAGAGACAAGGGCAAGGAGGAGCCAGUGGGCCAGGACCAAACCUGCCCCUCAGUGGACACCUGUGGCGUCUUCACCUGGUCCACACACUGGACGUCCAGAGGCUGGACAACUGCAGGCCCCUGCCGCCGCCAGAGGGGACUUCAUUUUCUGGGGGGACAGUUGAGUGAUCCAGCACCAUUCUGGAUGUGGGCGCUGCUGCCAGGAUGCCAGGCUUGCCCACAUGCUCCCUCCCUGAAGGGCUCAUCCAUGGACACCCGUGUGCCAGCAGCAGCUCCCCCUGCCUCAGCCCGGUGCCCUGGCCCAUGACCACAGGGCAUUCUCUGAGGGUCCCCAAGCACAUGGACAUCCAGUUGCUCCCAGAACCAGGCUAUCUCAGAGGCAUCUACCAGUAGGAACGAGUUGGCCCAGAAAGCCCUGUGCCCCAUGCCUCUGGUUUGGGCCAGCAUCAACAUUUCUCUGCAAGAGUCCAGAGAGGUGCCCAGUCUAACCCACAAUGACUGCCAGGAGGCCAGGGUUCAUUACGUCCCUCAGGGCCCAGACCCUCACCCAUGAGUGGGCUGCUUCGCUGAGACUGGCUGUCAGGGUUUCUCUGGGCUCCUCAGAUUAUAGGUGUCUGGCAUCUUUGGGUCCCCGGGGCGGGGGGGCUCUGUGGUCAUGGGGACUUCCAGAGGGGUCAGAGACGGGUCCAGUACAGAUCCCCCGUCUGUGGUCCCAUAGACAGCCCAUGGAUAAUGGGUAGCCUAUGUGCCCAAGAAACAAGAUGAUGCCAGGGCUGGCCAGGAGCUGGGGAGGGACCCAAAUACCUCACACGCCAGUGUCACGCCCUGUGUCCCCAGGGCAUCUCUGUGGAUCGGCCUCUGCCACCGCCAGCCUUCAUCUUCCUCUAGUACCUCUUCAUUGCUGGGACAUGGUCACUUGGUUCCCUGCCACAAGACCUACCUGGGUCCCCCCCCCCAGAGGGCUGGCUGUCCCAUGCCACCAGGCACUCAGCUCACCUGCCAAUGCCCAAAGGGCCAGGGGGACCCAUUUCAGGGCUGGUGCUUAACAGGACAGAGCAGACAAGCCAACCCCAGCAUGCUCGCCAGGUAAGGUAGCUGUGUUCUGGAGGCACCGGAGCACUGAGGACCUGUGUUUACUGCUGACUUUGUGGUGGUAGACCCCACACCGAGUGGCCUGCACAACUGGAGGCCAGCACAGAGGGGUGAUGUCCAGCAGGCUGGGGACAGUGGGAAGGCUGGGGCAGAGGCUGGCCUCUCCUGCCCACUUACUUGGUUCGUGCACUUUGUCCUCAAUCUCUUUCUGUGUCCUCAAGUCCCUGGAUGGAAAGCAGAGUCUGAUAGCCUGGAGAGGCUCAAAGGUGGCAUCAGGAGAGAGGAAAGGACACCCAGAAGUUCCACAGAUGCUGGUGGGGGCCACCAAGAAGAGUGGCUGUGUGGACUCCAGCAAGCCGGAGAGACCUCUGUGGCAUCGUGGAUUUAGACCGAGGACAGCCUUGACUGGAACGUCAUGAUAUUGGCAGCUUAAGCUCACUAGGCAGUGAUGGUGUUAAGGAGCCCUGGGUGUCUGUGGUAGAUUUUAGCUACCCCCAACCCUCUGUUUCACGCCUCCUGAGAGCCAGGAGGACAAGCGAGCCACGGGUGAUGUGCACACGCAUACCUGCAUGGGCUCAGGUGGCCCACAGGGCCCAGGGUGGAGCUUGGCCCCACAUCCAGGGUCCAACAACCUUUCAAGUCCCAAGGGAGCCCUUUCUCCCCCCCCCCCCCCCGGCCACCAUGGAAAGGAAGCACAGGAUUCUGUUGGAAAUGUGAAGGGCCACAGCCUCUCCCCUGGGUCCCCUCUGACUUGUCCCACAGCUGCUGCUGUCCCUGCCCAGCACCCAGAGUCCUUCUGAAAUGACUAACCAGAGCACAGCAUCCCCACCUUUUCCCUGAGGAAACACAGUCUCCUUCAGAGGGCCUUGGAAGUGGCCCAGAGGUGCCAGGGAGCCGUGGCAUCUUUCAGGUCCCCUUGCAAAUUUUAUCGUCAGGCCUUGUUCCCCACCCCAAGUCCAAGAACAGUGCCAGCCACAGCCUCUGUCACUUGGAGAGAAGGAAACCUUGGCCUCCAAAAGAGCAGGUUAGAGCUACCCCUGACCCUGUGGCUGCCUGUGGCUGCCUGCGGCCAGUGGCCCCGAGCACUGCAGAAGGCAGUGGGAGGACACGGGGACUGCACUUGCUGAGCACCUCUCCCUGCCAGGCCCGAGGCUAAGCACAUCUCUCCUGCGGUUCCCCCUAGAGAGAGCCAGCAGCAGACGCCCUCUGCCCCUCCUUACAGACAAGGGAUCUGAGGUGGCUCCACAUGGGCUCAGGCUGGCAAGUGGCAGAGACAGGGCUGGUGUCCUCUUGUAAGCACAGGUUUCAGACUGGCUACUGUUCCUGGUCCUGUGAUGAACUUCCCAACUGCAGUCACCACGUCACGUCAUGCAGUGAGCACAGGUCGCAGGUCGGGAGCCUCUGUCCUGCCCCUUGCAUACAGCCCAGGGCUCCACAGCCCACAGGCUGCUGGCUGCCCGUCACUUGCCACGUGUGUGGGCUCCCGGCCUGCAGCUACUGGGAACCACGCAAAAACAGAGCUCAUGGAUCAGUUCAUGGUCUACCUGACCCAUAGCAGGGCCCCUGUCCGCUGUGUCCAGCUCCCUCUAGGGCAGCCUGGCACCUCGGGGCAGCCCGGCUUUCUUCAUCUGUCCCAGGCGCAGGCCUGGGGGCUGCUGAAACCAUCCCCACCGGAGACGGGCAUCGUCCUCCCUGCAGAGGAUCCACCUGCUCCUCACACUGUGCCAGCCCUGGACAAAGCCCUUAGGAAUGGCCCCUUUACUGCGUAUUUAUUCAAGGUGACUCUGUACUUGGCAAAGGGAGGAUUCACUGUGUGAUUGUCUGUAUUCUUAAUAUAAUUUGUUAAAUAAACGUUUGUUUUAAUCCUU